AAAGCCGGGCCCUCAGAUCGAGGCUGCCACCCCCUCUCAGCCGGCAGCACAUUCCGCCGCCGUUGCCGCCGCCGGCCCCGCAGUCGUCUUGGCCAGAGCUGCUGUGGUACCCGGGCUCAGGGCAGGAGAGGGCAGCCAGGGAGCGGAGGCCGCUGAGGCCGGGCGAGAGGAAGGGAGCGGACGGGCGGGCGGCGCAGGCGGCGGCCAGCUUCCUGGGAGCGUCGGUGCGGCGCGGUGGUUGGGGCGGAUCCCGCGGGGCCCGGGCGGGGGGGGAGAGUCGCCGGCCCGGCCAUGGCGGACAACGAGAAAUUGGACAACCAACGGCUCAAGAAUUUUAAGAACAAAGGCCGCGACUUGGAGACUAUGAGAAGACAACGGAAUGAAGUUGUAGUUGAAUUACGGAAGAAUAAAAGAGAUGAACAUCUCUUAAAGAGAAGGAAUGUACCACAAGAAGAUAUCUGUGAAGACUCCGAUAUAGAUGGUGAUUAUAGAGUGCAAAAUACCUCUCUAGAAGCUAUUGUUCAAAAUGCUUCAAGUGAUAACCAAGGAAUUCAAUUAAGUGCAGUUCAAGCUGCUAGGAAGCUUUUAUCCAGUGAUCGAAAUCCCCCAAUUGAUGACUUAAUAAAAUCUGGAAUAUUGCCUAUUUUAGUUCAUUGUCUUGAAAGAGAUGACAAUCCUUCUUUACAGUUUGAAGCUGCGUGGGCUUUGACAAACAUUGCAUCUGGAACGUCUGAACAGACGCAAGCAGUGGUUCAGUCCAAUGCUGUACCACUUUUCCUGAGGCUUCUACAUUCACCCCAUCAGAAUGUCUGUGAACAGGCAGUGUGGGCAUUGGGAAACAUCAUAGGUGAUGGACCUCAGUGUAGAGAUUAUGUGAUAAGCCUUGGAGUUGUAAAACCUCUGCUUUCAUUCAUAAGUCCAUCUAUCCCUAUAACAUUCUUAAGAAAUGUUACCUGGGUUAUGGUCAACUUAUGUCGUCACAAAGACCCACCACCACCAAUGGAGACGAUUCAGGAGAUUCUUCCAGCUCUUUGUGUAUUAAUUCAUCACACAGAUGUAAAUAUACUGGUAGAUACUGUCUGGGCCCUGUCUUACCUUACGGAUGCUGGCAAUGAACAGAUACAGAUGGUAAUAGACUCCGGAAUAGUUCCUCACUUGGUUCCGCUACUCAGCCACCAGGAAGUUAAAGUUCAGACUGCUGCUCUGCGAGCUGUGGGCAACAUUGUCACUGGAACUGAUGAGCAGACACAAGUAGUUUUAAACUGUGAUGCUCUCUCACACUUCCCAGCACUCCUCACUCAUCCCAAAGAGAAAAUUAAUAAAGAAGCAGUGUGGUUCCUCUCCAACAUCACCGCAGGAAAUCAACAGCAGGUUCAGGCAGUAAUUGAUGCCAAUCUUGUACCAAUGAUAAUACACCUUUUGGAUAAGGGAGAUUUUGGCACUCAGAAAGAAGCUGCAUGGGCCAUCAGUAACUUAACAAUCAGUGGGAGGAAAGACCAAGUGGCCUAUCUUAUCCAACAAAAUGUUAUUCCACCUUUUUGCAAUUUGCUGACUGUAAAAGAUGCACAGGUUGUGCAGGUAGUACUUGAUGGACUAAGUAAUAUAUUGAAAAUGGCUGAAGAUCAAGCAGAAACCAUAGCCAAUCUCAUAGAAGAAUGUGGUGGACUGGAGAAAAUUGAACAACUUCAGAAUCAUGAAAAUGAGGACAUCUACAAAUUGGCCUAUGAGAUCAUUGACCAGUUCUUCUCUUCAGAUGAUAUUGAUGAAGAUCCUAGCCUUGUUCCAGAGUCAGUUCAAGGUGGAACAUUUGGUUUCAAUUCAUCUACCAAUGUACCAACAGAAGGGUUCCAGUUUUAGGAAGAUGUUGUGGAAGUUAGGUACAAUGCAGCACCGAGAAACAUAUAUAUAUAUACACAUAUAUAUAAAAGGUUUGAUCCAUCAAGCUUGGCUCAUGGGAUCUGCUGCUGCAUUAAAUCGGGAGAGAAAAUGUGAAGAUUUCAUUUGGAGUCACAGAAAAUGCCCAAAUGAGGUCAAGGUGGCGAGUGGGUGCGAGUGAGAAUGAGUGGCAAUGUAAGGAAAACGAAUGCUUAUUUAGGUUGAGAGGAAAGGGCUACAGGUCAUAGGUCUUCAGUGCCUGAGACGGAGCAUUGACUUACUCUAUCAAUUGAGAAGUGAAAUGCCAUCAUCAUCAAGCCUUGUAAGCAUAAAGGCGAUGCCCAUAUAAGUCAAGGAAAAUGAGCCCAGGCCUCGCUGUGAAGCAGUGUGUGAAUGGACAGUGUUGAAUGAAUGUCUGGCUCCGUGGUAGAGAGCCAGGUUCAUCUUUCAAAUCUAGGGCUCUUCACACAUGAAGCAGACUCCUAGUCCUGGAGUGACUGUGUAACAAGAGUAUGGUUGUGGUGCUGUAUGUGGACGCAUGCAAGCUUGAUUUGCCUUCAGGGGGCUGAUAACAAACCUAGUAGAUCAUCAAAGUGAGAUCACAAGUGUUAACGUACACUGGACAGGAAAACAAAGACCGGUUUAGCAGCAGACAUUGGUUUACUCUGCAGCCUGUGUUUUCUAUUCUCCCUCUACCUUAUGCCCCACCCUACCCCACCCCUUUUUUUAUUUAGUUUUUAUUUACUUUACCUAGUAUGGCUUUUUUAGUUGCUUCUCAAGUCAGAAAACUUCAGGAAGGUUUCCCUGUGCAUUUGCACCAGAUGAGUGUUUGAUGCUAUGAAAAGCUUUCCAUAUCAUCAAAACUAAUUUGUGUAGAUUUUUGCAUGAAAAAAAUCAUAAAUUUCCCUCACAAUAGACUGUGUUGCAGUACACAAGUUGCCAUAAUAGUAUAAAAUGUGCUUUAAAAGCCAUUCUUUUCAUUUUCAGAGAUAACAUAAAGAUAUUUGCAUGAAGUAAAUCUACAGCAUAGUUCAUUUUUAGAUUUUGUUGAGUCCUGUAAAGAAGAAAAGUUUCAGUUGUGAUAGAAUACCGUGCUGUGUUUAAAUGUUAACUUGUUUUCAAACUUUGUUUUCUAUGAAAAUGAUAUGGAAACUUCUAAAAUGGAAUUUGGUGCAUAUGUACUGCUGAAUAAAGACCGAUGAAGAGGUUUGAGUAGAUGUACAAAUCAAGUAAUGGUUUGAACACCUUUAAUAAUAUGCCUAAUCUGUUUAAUUGUUUUAGAAUCUUUUUAUCUUAGAUGUAGGCAGCCAUGAACAAUCUAUUUUGAGCCACUUUAGGGAGAAAAACUUUGUAUUUUUAAAACUUGCAUAAAAAUUAUGCAAGUGGUUUUUAUAAAUUGGAAUAAUACCUCAGUUUUGAGGUUAUGCACACUAAAUUAAAUAUGUCAUAAAUUAAUUUGUACAAAAAGAACUCUUUAUAAGGUGGCUCAUUGUAGGAAAUCCUGUGCCUUCCCCUUUGAGCACAAGUGUUGCAUGAACAACAGUUUGCUAUAAAAAACAUACCAGGUUAGCCACCAUUAGCAUCUAUAUCUACUUUGUGUUUAAAAAUCAACUGGUAAUUCUGAAACACUGUAGAAUGGAUAAAAAUUAUUUUGUGAUCAUAACUCUUUGUUGAACUAGAGUAUUUUUGCAGCAUUCCUUGUCAUCAAAAACAUGGUUAAACUUUAAAACUAGAAGCAGCAGAAAACUAGCUUGUAAAAUUUAUUCAAGUAGAGUACAGGCUAGGCUGUCUUGGGGAAAUAAACAUUAAAACUUAAAGCAAUGUUUUACAUGGGGCGCGUGUGUGGUGUGUGGAUUUCUUUUUCUAUUUAAUGUUUUUCAGAGUAUACCUCAAUGGCUCCUAUUAGCUUUUUGUCUGUCUUAAGCCUUUUUCCUAGAACCAACAUAAGACAUGUCAUAAGCUCUGUAAUUUCAUUCUGGGUGUAUUAGUAUUUCAGUUCACAGAACUUGUUCAGUUGACACCAUCUACAAUUGCAGUGUCUCCCUGUUGACACUAACCAAGGCUUUGACCUUCCUUCACUUUGUCAAGUCAAGAGGAUUAAGAGACAGCUUGAGUUAUAUUUUAAAUAUUGACAUAGCCAACAUGUGGCUCCAAAUGAGAGAAUACACACAAGGCCUUUUUUUUUUCCAGAAAGCUUAAAUUCUAAUUUUUUAGUAAAGAGUAAUCAGUGUGCUUGUAAUAGGCCAAUUAUACAGAAUAGUUAUCCAUAUAUAUAAAGACUCCUGGUAGGUAGCUGAGCAUGUAAUUCUAGCUCUCAGUAAGCUGAGGCAGGAGAAUUACCAAGUUAAAAUCCAGCCUGGGCUUUAUUGUCAUAAGACCCUGCUUCAGAAAUUAAUGUAUAGGAGCAAUAUUCCUGUCUCUAAGGGCUACCUGAAGGUCUAAAUAUUUGUCUAGAUAAGGUCUAAACUGAUCUCUAUAGGACAUUGAUUUUUUUUCUAGAAUUCUAAGGUAUGCUUUUGUAUAUCUGAAACUUGUCCCACAUAAACAACUUUUUAAAUAUUCUCCAGUGAUCUAGGAAAUGGAUUUAAUUUUUACAGAAGUCAUUAUUAUGUCUAUAAGGGGAAGUAGAGCAGUGAGUCUAAUAAGCUAAAUGGUCUUAGUUUUCAUGAUAUUAAACUGCCGUUUUUGACACCAAGCCCCUCUCAAGUACUAAAAAAUGAUACUAUGUUAAGUAUGAGUAGUGUAUAUUUAUUUUAUAAUUUUGAAAGGCAUCAAUAAUUGUGUGGAAUGGUGAACCUGGUAUUUUCCGUAUUGCACUAGGCCAAACCUAUAGCAUUUCUGUAAUGGAAGCUAUCUGCAUACCAUUUAGAUGCACCUGGAGAGUUUAGUUAGUUGACUGCACCUCAUAAGAUUGAAGGUACUUCUUGCAUUUUUUUUCUCUAAGGUCUGAAAUGACUGGGUUUGUUGUAAUAUCAAUAUAACUUAUGGAACACUCUUCCAAUUCUUUGUUGUUUCAGAUUCAGCAAAAGCUAGAAAUAAGUUUUUGUCUUUUAAGACUGUAACUAAUUACCUCAAGCUUGUUGCCCUAAAACAUGACACAUGUCUGCUUCACAGUUUCUGUGGGUCAGAAAUCUAGUUAAAGUUUGGUUAGAUCCUCUCUCUACUCAGGGCUUUACAAGUCUGAAUUUCAUCUGAAGUGAGGGCUCUUGCUCUGUGCGCUUACGUGACACAAUCCAUUUCCUUGUAGCAGUAGAGCUCCUGGCUGCUUGCUUGCUUCUUUAGGACUACCAGGAGACUCUUUGAUCUCAGGAGAAGCCUGUGCCCUCUUUUGAAGGACUGGCUUGCUAAGGUCAGGUCCCUCAUCCCCCAGAGUAAUUUCUCUUUUGAUUAAACCUUAAACCUUCAUUACACUUGGAAAAUCCCUUCACAUUUGAUACAUUCUGGUCCAUGAAAGAGAUAUUGUCAGAUUAACAGAUCCUGCCCUCUAGCCGGAAGGUAUUGUACAAGGUUUGUAUACCAGGUCUUUUUGGGGGCUGUUGUACAAUCUACAUAUCAUUAAACUACAAAGUGUCACAAUUGGGACAAUUUAAAAGUGAUUACCCCCGCACAGUAUAAGCUAAUUUUUAUUAAGAUACCUGUGAGAAACCAUCAAAAAUUAUGGUUCAGCUUACCUCCAAAGUACAAAGUUUCCAUGUAGUGUUGGAAUUUCUAAGAGUUCCUAAAGUACACAAUGAAAUGAUUUAUUCUAACCCUCUUAAAGAGUUAAUGAAAAGUGGAUUUGUCCAAAGUCGCAUAUUAUUAAGGACCAGGUUAAUUCCUAGAUGUUUACUUCCACUGUCAGGCAGUGUUUGGAGCAACUAUUUAAAUUUGUAAACCAAUGCAAAAUAAACACUUUUUAAUGUUUAAAUUUUAUUUUUAAAUUAUUGCCAACUAUAUUAGAGGCCUAGAUAUUUGAGUGUCCUUACACUUUUUUAAAUGAGGUUACUUUUAUUACAUAUCAUUCAAUAAUUUAAUAUAAAGAAAUCCAGAUGACUUUUCAAUAUUAUCCAAAUACUUCACAAGUAAAUCUGGACUUAAAAUUUAGCCUUCAAAUGCUUUACUUGUAAACUUGUUAAAUAACCACAGAACACAUUAUUAAAACCUGCUCUUUUUAGGGCUGGGGAUACAGUUCAGUUGUAUGACACUUGUCUAGCAUGUGAGAAGCCUAGCACUGGAAAUAUGAGAGGAGGGGUAUGUAUACAUGUAUAUGAAUAUUCAUAUAUGUGGUUUUUUAAAAUACAUAGAUGUUGCUGCAUAGGUGUCCACAUUAAAUCACAGCGCACAUUGAUGGCCAUGGUACAACCUUUUUUUUAUAAAAAUUGUACUCACUGUGUUGCUGAGACAGGCUUCUGUCUCGUCUCCUUUCUCUGCUCAUACCAUCUUCAUGCCUCAGCCUUCCCAUGUCACUGCAUUUUCCUAUGUAGUGCACAUUAACUCUUAAUAAAGGACGCUGUAAAGCCUAGCACUGUGAUCAGAAGUAGUGAUCUUCUGGACUUGUUUUAUUAUUUAAAUACUGCAUUAGUCAUAUAUGAGAAAAAUAGAAUUAACAUGCCGCCGCCAACCCUCAGAGACUUAACCUAGCAAUUCUAUUAACUUGAAUAGUCCUAAAAAUAGCAGGCCCUUUAAAUAAUAGAAGGUUUGCUCUGGAUGUCUGUGUCAAGCUGUUCUUUUCUGACAUUAAUUUAGUAGCUUCUGCUUUGUGAGACCAGCUGAGUAUACAGGAAAGUGCCUCCCACCAGGGCCACAGUAGCCCCUUGUGGUUUCUGACCCUGCCCUGUGCUUGCCUUUUCUCCACAAAUUUCAUCUCCUAGGUAUCUCACAGGAUAUUACCUUCUCCAAGUUACUUAGUUUUUCUAAACUAUCAGUUCUAGUUGUAAUCAUUGUAAAGAUAUUUAGGGCCUUGUAAGAUGGCUCACCGGCUAAAGGUGGUUAACACUGAGCCUGAUGCAAAUUGGGUCCCUGGAACCACAUGGUGGAAGGAGAGGCCUGACUCUUGAAAGUUGGCCUCUGACCUCCAUGAGUGUGCCCCCAUCCCUUACACACACACACAACACACUAAAAAAUUAUUAAGAAAUGACCUUUUCUGUGUCUCUUAAAGCUUUAUCCUAUUUUCCCUAACUGUAUUUGACUACUUCUCUGGAUAGCUUUGUUCGGUUGGUUUUGACUUUCUCUUAAUAAUUGAAUACUCCAUACAUGGCAAAUUUUAAAGAGAUUUGGACUGGGUCCAGGGUCAGGGCCUGCAUCUAGUGAUGGCUGCCUCUGGUGAUCAAGAACAUCAUGUGACAAGAGGUGGAGUGCUAAUAUGUAUAUGUGUUCUUUUACCUGAUGUCUUCCUAUCCCACAAACCUUGCAUCAUAGGGCUCUAAUGACGGUGGAAACUAGAGACCUCGUCUAACCUUAUCAUAUUCCAGAUGCUCCACCUGUAAAUACUGUUGAUAAAGUUGUCAGCCUUAAUACUUCAAAAUGGGUAAAGGCUUGGGAGACAAACAACAGCAGUAGCAAAUGAACUCUGACUGUAGUUGCUAAGUUUACCCAAGGUUUCCUCCAAUCUGUUGUCUAUUCUAAUUUGAAACAACUAUUAGGAAUAUCUAAUAAUCUACAUGGUGUUUAUGGUAAGUUCAAUCAGUGGUUAUUUGCCUUCCAGAUAAUCCCUUCACUGUGCCUCCCCGUCCGCUAAGCCCUCCUCAUUUUACUGUGUGUAUGUUUGAGAGUGUGUGUGCUGAGCAUGCUAAACACCACUGAGCUACAUCCCCAGCCUGCCUUUUUAUUGUUUAAGCAUAUGGUAAUACUAACUCUCCAACUUAACUAAAGAGUGUCUUUUUCCAAAGAAACGUGGAAACUUUCCAUAAUUUGACUCAUAAUUGGUGGGAUGUUCUAGAUAACCUCUCCUACAGUAUUAAGGGUUUUAUCUCUGUUCAGCCCUGCAUGAAACGUAGCUUUUGGGUAUUCUGGAUAGCUUCUACCUCUAGCCUUUUCCCCUUUGAUUUGCCAGUGUGCUGCCUUUGUGAACAGGUGAAGUCUUCAACAAAUCUAGUACCUCCCAGUAUUGCAGGUUUAACUCCUGCAGUUCUGCCACAUCUGUAUUUUCAUAGCUGGCUUACUGCUCUUUAACACAGUGGUGCCUCUGGCCGUCUUAACAUAUAACCUGAGGCAUUAUGUACAUAAUAGAGCUGGUGCAGAAAAAACUUUCAUUCUCCUUUGAACCAGUGGAGGAUCGUCAUUUAAAUAGUGGCUUUGUUCUGGUCCGAAUCCACUGUGGCUAGAGGUGCUAAGAGUACUGCAAACUGUCUUAAUCACUAUCCCUAUAGUCCUUGUGUACCCCCGGGAGCAGGAAGUAAGGGAGAACUUACCUCACUAGUAUCCUGGUUUUUCUCAACUCCUCUCUUGUCCCUCAAAUAUUUUAAACCUAUGACCUUCAGGAAGUCAGGAAUAUAGAUAGCUAAGGCUAUCUCCCAUCCUUGCCAUCCCAUUAACUCUCAUUUUGCAAUAUGUGUUUUAUGUUGAUGGUGAUUUUUCAGUCUGUAGUGUCUGUUCACUCAUUGCUUUCACACCUGCGUUUCUUGUCUUUCUCCUGCUAGAUUGUAAGCUCCUUAAGGGCAAGGUCAGCAUAUCAGCAAAGCUCUGUAAACAAUGAACGUGCCUGAAUUCUGUGGGCACUCAAUAAAAGUGUGUGAUAAUGAUGCAA